ACACACACACACACACACACGCACGCAAGCUCACUCCCACCCGCCAACAUGGAUGUAGAUGUUUACACAUGGUGCACUUUGUAACCAGAGAGCUUUGGUGCUGUACUUCAAAACGGGCAGUAAAGGAAAUGGGAUGAAGAAGCAGGACGAAGAUUAACAAGACAAAAAAAAGAGAGAAAACUUCACCACACUGCAUGUGAGAGUGGACACCUGGAAAUGGAGAGAUAUGGAGAAAUGAUAUAACUUGAUCAAUGACAUGAGAGAGCUCUGGAGAAGAACUGAAAAACACUGAAGUAGAGGAUGAACAGGUGUGUGCUCGCGCGUGUGUGUGUCCUCCUCUCGGUUCUGUGCCUUGGUGCUCAUGUCUACGUGGAGUUUAAGGGAUAUUAUGUAAAGAGCUGGAAAACACUUGCCCCCACAAAAGAACCUCAAAAGCACACCAAGACUCAGACAAUUUCUGAGGAAACCAGAGAAUUGAGUGACUCGGUGCCCACGUGCUUCCCCUCAGGCAGACAGUACAGAAAGUCUCUCAGGUGGAAGAUAGAGCUGGAGCCAUGGGCUAGUGAGAGUCACAGCCUGGAGGAUGAGGCAUUCAGAUUUAUCAAGUACAUCACGACACCACAGGUGUCCUGUAGAAAUCCUGCAGACAGUCUGCCAGCUCAGGGAUCAUGGGCACUAUGUUUAGAUAACAGAUUCAACUUGGCCCGAAGCAUCAAAACUAAACACUGUCGAGUCUACUCACUUGGGUUGGGAGGGGAGGAUAAGCAGUUAGAGAAAGUGUUAGCUAAGGCAGGUUGUGAGGUUCACUGUUUUGACCCCAGCAUCAGAGAGGCUCACCUGCAGGACGCACACAUGUGGCUUCACAGGCUCGCCAUCGAUUGGAGGGACCCGAACCCUGCUAUCAUGACUCAGAGACAGCACAGCAGCACCAAGAAGCUUUCCACUGUCCUCAACCACUAUGGACAUAGACAGGUAGACGUGCUGAAAGUGGACAUGGAGAGUGCUGAAUGGAAAAUCUUAGAGAAUCUGAUUCUGGAAAAUGUUUUACACUCUGUGGGUCUCUUGCUCCUCGAGGUUCACCUGCACUGGGCCGGGUUCGAAGUGAGCGGCGACGAGCCCGCCGUAGUGCGCUACUGGUUCAGUCUGCUGAAGGAGCUGGAGAAUACACACUUCCGCCUGUACCACAGCUACAGAGACCCAGCAAAGCCAAGACUCUUCCUUCAAAAGAACCUACACAAUGCAAGCAGCACUUACAUACUGGGGUGGGUCAACAGGUGCUACUCGCAUGGUGAGACUCAUCCGGUUUAAAUUGUGAGAAAUGGAGUACAGCAAGAACUCCUGAUAGAAACCUCAUUUUUGAGAUAGUUUAAAGUGUCUAUAUAGAGGAGCCAAGGCACUUCCCACUCAAAUAAUAUUCCAGUUAGAUGAUUUUUUUUUUUUUUUUGCAGGCAGUAAGAUGUUUGUUUUAAUUCUGCAAAUAUCCCAACUGCAAGCUUGUGUACUAUCAGAAGAACAUACACGAGCAGCAAGUAGGAAAUAAACUGGAGUGGAGUUGAGCAACACAAAUUACUUGAUACAAUAAUUGCAAGAAAUUGAGUUCAGAAAAAAAGAGCAGCAGCUAUGCGGUAGCUCAGUGGUUAAGCUGUCGGGUUACUGAUUGGAAGGUCAUGAGUUCAAUCCCCAGCACCAUCAAGCUGCCCCUACUGGCCCCUUAAGCAAGGCCCUUAACCCUCAACUGCUCAGUUGUAUAAAUGAGACAAAUGUAAGUUGCUCUGGAAAAGGGUGUCUACUAAAUGCCAUGUAAAUUGAAUUACUGCUACAUUCAAAUAAAGUCAUGUUCACCAUUUUUACUAGAAAAUUCCCACUCGUGUGUUUUCUAAUGGAGUCUCUGAAAUUUACCAACACAUCUGAGGGAAUCUGAUACUCCUCAUGGUUUUGAGUCACUGCCAAUGCUUUUACAAGCUUUUACGAGCUAGUUAGCUAAAACUUUAGCUAAAGUUUAGUAGUAGAUGCUCAGAAUGUGGCGCAUCUACUAAUUAAUGUCUAUUAUGACUUGAACAGCAAGUGCAGUGUGUUUGCUUUGCUAUGUUAAAAGUGGAAAUUCACUCUUUCAUUCAGAGGUUACCUGUAAGCACACAAUGUGUUGUUAGGGCCUGCCCGAGACAUUAUAAUGCAGAGUCUUGCAUAAGUACUGAACUUUAUGUAAGACACUGUAUUAGCAUGCUGUGUGUAACUUUUCCACAUUUUGUAGGACUACAACCUGGAACUGAAAUGUUUUUUUUUUUUUUUUUUUACUGUGAUUUUUACCAUUUGAUUUACAUAACAUGUCUAACAUUCAAAGGUGUGAUCUGUGUUUUUUUUUUUUUUUUACCGAUAUGUUAAAAAGAAACACAGCUAGUUUGCCAGUGUAUUUUUACCUUUCUUUUUUAUAUAUAAUUUUCCCCCCAAUUUGCGUAUUUUCCCAUGGGUCAAAACACUAAUACACUUUUAAAAUUAAGACUUUUUAGUUUUAAGCUUGGUGUUAGCUUUCAGACCUCAGUGAUAGGUAAAUAGAUAGCAUGCUUGCAAGAUAGAGAGAGAGCUAGGAAAUUAAUUCAGCUAGGAAAUGCUCAACACCAAGGAAAAGAGGACAAACUAGCAGCUUAGUCUUGAGGGACGAACCUUAAAUACAUUACAGAUGGACAUGUUGGCCCUCUGGUUUGGGCAAAUUGGAACAAUGACACAGAAGAAUCACCAGCAACCACAAAACUGGAAACAGAAGUGUUCAGAUACACUUUGAGGAUAAAAAAAAAACCUCUUUGGUUGAAAUUAGUUUCAAAUGCAAAUAGUAAAGUUAAUGCACAUGUGUAAAUUAAUUUCUCUUUUUUUAAUAAGUAGUGCUUAAAAACUUAAAAAAGGCAUCCUGGAUGAAUCUCACUUAUGAAUCUGUUUGAAAAGAUGGCAAGUGUGUGCAAAGUUGUAAAGAAUUUAAAAUAUUAAAAAGUUUUGAUUUGUUUAA